UGGCCUUGAUACAGAGACUGCUAUCAUCUUAUCACUACUUCGGCAAUGUUAUUGUUCAUACGUUGUAACUGACCGGGCGUUAAUUUAUUUCGUAUCGUAAAUUAAUGGUGCGCUUUUUCUCUCCUUUCGACUGGAAGAAUAUUCACAAUCAUGUCGAGCACAAAUUCGGAACCAGGAUCAAAUUUACAGCAGUGUUAUGAAAAUUAUGUUCUGAUUGAUGUUGGGGCUAACCUUAUCAAUAAAAAAUUCAGCAGAGACUUAGACUCAGUCAUUAAGAGAGCUAAAGAUGCAGGUGUUCAAAAAAUUAUUGUUCCGGGUGCCUCCUUGAAAUCUAGCAAAGAAGCUUUAAGGCUUGCCAGAAUUUAUCCAGGGACUGUCUAUUGCACUGCUGGUUUGCAUCCUCAUGAUGCCAAGUCUUGGGAUAGUGAAUCUUAUGCAGAUUUGAAAGAUAUUGCAAGUAAUUCAGAGUGUGUAGCCAUUGGAGAAUGUGGACUAGACUACAAUAAAGACUUUUCUCCAAUUGAAACUCAACGAGAAGUUUUUGAAAAACAGAUUGAGCUAGCCAAAGAACUGAAGAAGCCUCUUUUUAUUCAUGAGAAAGGAGCUCAUCAAGACUUGAUAUCUAUUCUUAAUAAAUAUCAAGGCGAUCUACCCCCUGUCAUAAUACACUCAUUCACAGGCUCCUAUGAAGAAGCUUUGCAGUAUAUAAAAAUGGACAUGUAUAUUGGCUUUACAGGUUUAAUUUGUAAAGAUAGCUCAAGCACUGGAGUUCAGGCCAUUCUUGAAAAUAAAGCAAUCUCUCUAGAUAGAGUUUUAGCUGAGACAGACGCACCUUUUAUGUAUCCAAAUGCUCGGGCUUCCAAGCUGCCUGACAGAGUUAAGAAGACGCUCACAGAAAGGUCAUUGAUGUUUUUACAAAGAUACUGUACUUUCCAAAGAAAUGAGCCAUGUUCGCUUCCAGCUAUCGUUGAAAUCAUAGCAGGAUUUUUAGAUAAACCUCCAGAGGAAGUGGCCUUAGCCACUGCUUUCAAUGCCUUAAAGAUUUUUGGUUUAUCUUAAGUCGUUUCAGGUCUAAUAAGUCAGUAAAAAUUCACUAUCUACAAGCUCAGCUUUAUCGAAGUUUACUCACUCGUUAAACAGUUUUAAACAAUGCAUAAUUAAUUUUUAAGAGCCCAAAGACAUUAUCGCAUGUGUAAUAAUUAACUUAUCUACUUAAUAAUCAAAGUCAUAUGUUAUAAUCAUAAAGGUGGAAGAAAGUAUUUAUUGUGAUCCCUUAUGACUCUCCUCGGAUUCUAAUGACAAUCAAUUAGAUUAAAAAAAUAAAAUAAAAAAAUAACUUUGGGUGAAUUUCAUUCAGGCACAGGUCAGUCGCCAAAAUUGCUUGAAAUCAAGUAAAUUUCAGUUCGAUUUGAAAAAGGAAAAAGCAAUCAAGCCCUUGCAAAUCAUCCUAGUAAGGGUUGGUGUUGAUCUUUUGGGUUUACAACACAGAAGUUUAAAAAGGAGGAAAAAAACGGAAGAGAAAUAUGUCAGAAUCAAGAGUUUUCAGAGGACUCUUGAAAUUCCGUAGAUUCCUGUGCCAUUUUGAUUGACUUCUUCCCUUUUACCAUCAAAAUUCAAAAUUUGCAAGGAUUUUGCAGGGAUUGGAUGUUUUUUACCUAUAUCUCCACUUUUAGCUUCACACACAUCUUUGGGUGAUGAACAAAGCAUUUGAGUGUUUUUUUUUCCCCUCCCCCUGUAAUGCAGAUCUAGACUUUUCGUGUUUUAAGGUGCAUCUCAUAAUUUACCGAAAGUCUCGCAUCACCUUAUGGAUGCUUCCUGUAUAAAGGCCAGGUAAUCAAAUGUGUCCUGACAAAUUAUCAAAGAAAUUAUAUGUAUCCUCGUGUGAAAGUACUUUCAUUGCUAAGAUGGUCAAGCUCUUAUUAGAAACACCUACUCCCAAGACAAUUCCGGGAUGUUGCAACAGCCCCAGGGACUAAAAGACAUGCAUGUUUCAGACACCAAGGGUUUUGUUUAAAGAAAAUUCAUGACAAAUGUUAGUUCAUCACACUGAAAGAGUUACUGUCCUGAACGAAAUUCUUCUUUUCUAAUUUCCUUAGUAAAAAUCAUAUAUUUUUACAAAAUUAAAAAUUGGCCACACAUUUUAAUUUGUGGUUUCUCAAAGGCUGUGAUUAAGUGCCUCUUUUUCUGAACGUUAGAUGAUAGGUUUAGUUUUAGAAUAAGAAAGAAAAACUUGUAUAGAGCAUCUUGUACAUACGCUCAUACUUACUCUGUCAAAAUUAAUUGUAACUCGUAGUUAUGUCGACUCAUUUCUAGCAAUGCCUAUAGUAUUUUAAAAUUUGGAAAUAAGAUUACAAGAGGAUAUGAUGGGUCCUCUCCUCCUAAUUGGUGGGUAUUCUGUAUGAAAGACUUGAACCUUUUAAACAAAUUGAGUUGUUAGUCAUUUUGAGUACAUCUUGUGUCAGGAUAUUUUUUGUUGAAAAAAAAAAAUGAAACACUAGAGUUUAUUUUCCAUGUCAAUGAUCAAGUUAACAAGUUCAUUUACUACUUAGUUUCUGCAAUCGUUUUAGAUUUUUAAUGCAUCAUUCUCAAAAUCCCAAUAACACUGUUUACCUUUUUUUAUCUUGCAUUUUGGAAGUAUGUAUUCAUCUUAAAAGAUGAAAUUUUAAAUGUAAUCUUGCAGCUACCUAGUAGCGGCUCAAGGAAAAUAGAAAAAUCAAUUUAUGAGCACUUUUUAUCAAGCAACUAUAUUUUAAUCUUGAGUGAAUCGAAAGUCUUACCUAUCAACAACCUCAUGUCAUUCAUGUCAAAACUGAGCCAAUAAAAUUUCUAACAGGCUCUGUCUCUUAAUUAAUUUAUCUUCUUAUUUAGAAUUGUUUUUUUAUAUAAACAUAGAUAGAGGUAAUUGUUUUAUAUAGUGGUGUUAUUUGGCUUUCAGUAACUUUAGUAUCAAUCUCAGUGAAGUCUAAUUUUUCCUUCAAUUGUGCCUUAGUACUACACUCUUUGAUUUUUUCCUGAAAAUUCCAACUCUUUUCUUUUAAGAACACCAACGAAAAAUCAAGAAGAGAGUAAGACAAUGUUGUUUAUCGACUGACUUUGAAACAUUCUUCUUGUCUUUUGAUCAUUAAUGGUACCUACAUUGGUCUUUCAUAAAAUGCAGUAUUAGGUCAUCAGCUGAAAAUCCCUUAAUAUUUCAUUUCAUGACCUAAACCCUCUAUUGCAUAGCAUUACGAAUUCGCAACAACAUGUUUUUGGGGUUUUUAAAAAUGGAAUCAUUUCUCUGUGGCAUGAUUUUGCUUUAGUUUUUUCUUUUUUUGAAUAACCGAUUCCCUAAAAUUUAAAAUUGUGAAAAAUAAUUUGGUGCUCUAUGUUUUUGAUGCGAGCUACAAAAUAGAUUAGUGUCCCCCAGAAUCUGAUAUCCAAAAUUAAUUCAUGCCACAGAGGGUUAAGCGUUGAGGAAAACAAAAUUGAUCAGUGAUAUGUACCAAUGCUCUUUGCUUAGUAUUUUGCUCAUGAACUCAACUGCUUGUACAAUUUUUAAUGGUUUUUAGAACUUGUACGAUCAUGAACCAGAAAGAGAGUGAUGAUUCAAAGACGAUCACCUCCUUAACAACUUGAAUUAAUUAUGACAUAGUUUUGUGUGUAUAAGUUACCCUUGAAGAAUGUUAGAAUUUUGAUGAAGGAUUUAGAUUUUUACCGCUCAAGAUAGACUGCUUAAUAAUUAUUUUUCAUCAAAGCAGCUAAAAUUUCGUAAGGUUGUGAAAAUGCCAAUAUUUCUUGUUUUUGUUGUACGAACUUAUUCUAAGCAUAGCUGAUUGCAAUCAGGCCUGCUCGCCUUUGCAAUUUUUAACUUCAUAAUAUUUUAUAAUUUCUUUGAGAUCAAGUAUAACUUCAUCCAAUACUUGCAGGCAUCACCUAAGUAUUUAGCUAGAUGGCGACUACUAAGUCCUCUUACCAAUACAAGAAUUGCUCAACAGUUCUGAGGAAUAAUAUGAGCGUCAUCAUCUUUUCAUUCCUCGAUUCUCUUCUCAAGAGCUUUCUAAAAUCUUUAUUUUGUUUUUUGAGGCAGUCUAUUCGGUAAUAUAGUCGUAUCUUGUUGCAAUGUUCACUGAACUAUGUUUUUCCUGAAGCAAAAUUCAUUUUUCUAAGCCUCAGCCAGUUGUUUCUCGAUAACAUGUCUUCAGAAACAAUGAUAUACUUUUAAUUCCCCUUCAAAAACAUUGUAACAAGAUCCGACUAAAAUUUCGGCCACUGGAUCAACUCUUCCUUUGUAUAAAAAAAAAAAGAUUUGUAUUGGUCAGUUGGCUUUUUCAUCUUACAUAUUCUUUCAUCCAAAGUUUUGUGCCUUUCGGUUAAUUGAAUAUUUGUUCUGUCUUAACUAUUGUCUUGAGAGUGUCCUUAUUUUUGUGAUGAUAUGAAUCAAAACAUGCUCGUAUCCUAUCAA